GUCCAGGAGUCACUUUGCCCCCCCGGGUGCCGACUGCGAGGGAGGGAACCUGUUCAAAGCUGAGCAGCAAACGUUUCGAGGUGAAACCAUGGAAACCCAGGAGGUUUGUGGACUGCAUGUAGCUUCUAGAGGUUUGUUGGUUGAUGGUGCCUGCACUGACUCUGCUCCUGUCCUCCGUGCAAUGGAUACCACUGCUAAAAUAAUUGAAAAUGCGUGCAACUUGCAUCCGGCCUGCUACACCAGAGAGAGUGGACUGCUAUCUGUCUCGUCCACCUGCGUCAUGUUGGAAACAAGAGGAGAGAUACCUGGCAGUGAGGAUAUGCGAAUGGACCCUGCUGGGGGAGAGCACCAUCUGCUUUUGGAUAAAAACAAAGAAAAGGCUCUCGGGAAAGAAGUGAUGUUGCUCAUGCAAGCAUUGAACACGCUCAGCACUCCAGAGGAGAAACUGGCAGCUUUGUGCAAGAAAUAUGCAGACUUGUUGGAAGAGAACAGAAGUGUCCAGAAGCAAAUAAAACUACUUCAGAAGAAACAGGCACAGAUAGUGAAGGAGAAAGUUCACCUGCAGAGUGAGCACAGCAAAGCCAUUCUCGCUCGUAGUAAGCUGGAGAGUCUUUGCCGUGAACUUCAGCGUCAUAAUAAAACCUUAAAGGAGGAAAACAUGCAGCGAGCGCGGGAGGAAGAAGAACGUCGCAAGGAAGUGACAGCGCAUUUUCAAAUGACCCUCAAUGAAAUUCAGGCCCAGAUGGAUCAGCACAACCUGCACAACACUAAGCUACGGCAGGAAAACAUCGAACUAGCUGAACAACUGAAGAAACUAAUAGAACAGUAUGAGCUGCGAGAAGAGCACAUUGACAAAGUAUUCAAGCAUAAGGAACUACAACAGCAGUUGGUAGAUGCCAAGCUCCAGCGAACUACAGAGAUUAUGAAAGAGGUGGAUGAGGAGCAUCAUAGAGAGAGGGAGUUUCUGCUAAAGGAAGCUACUGAAUUGAGGCACAAAUGUGAACUGAUGAAGCAGCAGGAGGCACAACUGAAACAGCAGCUUUCCCUGUAUAUGGAUAAGUUUGAAGAAUUCCAGAGCACAUUGGCAAAGAGCAAUGAAGUUUUUACAACGUUCAGGCAAGAAAUGGAAAAGAUGACGAAGAAAAUCAAGAAGCUGGAAAAAGAAACCACUGUAUGGCGCACUAAGUGGGAGAACAAUAACAAAGCACUCUUACAGAUGGCUGAGGAGAAGACGCUUCGAGACAAGGAGUACAAAGGUCUACAGGUGAAACUGGAGCGGCUGGAAAAGCUUUGCAGGGCGCUGCAGACGGAGAGAAAUGACCUGAAUAAAAAAGUGCAGCUUCUUCAAUGUCAGCUUUCAGGAAGUGAUCGGCCUUUACAGCUGACGGAAGAAGAAUAUCAGCCGUGCAAGACCCCAGAUCCCCCCGAGCUGGCGGUGGUGAACACUUCGAGUCAAGAGGAAGUUGGAAGUCAGUCUCAUGCUGCAGCUAUUUUAGAUCAGGAACGUUCAACUGGAGAACUAGAAAAUGAAGUUGUGGCUUCGGGCAUAGAUUCUGUUGACUAAAACUAUCUGUUUUAAAGAAUUGUGUGGAGUUAUAUAUUUUUGUGUAAUUAUUGUUUGACUUGUUCUUCGUAAUUAUUGGCUUUGUGGUGAGAAUUUCUUACACAUUUUUCUACCAUAUCUGUAUUUUCUUAGGGGAAAAAGGAAUUUAUGUGGUUCAAGUAGUUGUAUGGUGGGUCAAGUUUAGUCUACUUUAUAAAUUUUCAUAAUUGAUUAUAAUUGCUUCAUUUUUAAAAUUGAAAUUUUUGACAUUGCAAUCCACCUCAACAUUUAAUACUUGGACUGAGAUGUAAACAUUUCAUGUAAUUUUAAUAACAGAUGAGUGACUUUUUAUUUUAAAAACUGAGCUUGUUUUUUCACAAUGUAGGUGCAACUGGAUAUAUUUGGUCGGGACAUGCUUCCACAGAAAGGAUUGCUGUUCGUUUUUCUGACAUUGUGCUUUUUGGCUCUUGAGCUUCCACAAAGCACUGUUUCUUGAGUGAAACGUUUAACAGAUGUGGAAACAUCUAAUGUUAGGAGUUGGAGCGUAGCAUAGUGGUCUCUGAUUGUAGAUUGCUUCAGAUGAAUAAAGGCAGAUAGGAAACAGGGUCCAUUAGCAGUGUAUCCUGUACCUUUCUAGUAAGUCAUCUUCAUGUGCCUGUAUCAGAAAGAAGCUUUCAGUGGAUCAUGACCCUUUAAAUGUGUUGGGAUUGAGCUUAAUUUUGUAGGCCAUUCUCUCGUCAAUAUUUUUGUUAGUUUGCAAAGCUCUAAUGUCCUAGCAUUGGAGACGACCCUAAUAUGUUAGUAGCAAUUGACCUUAAAAAAAAAACUUUGUUUUGUAGCUUAUUUGGUCAAAGCUGCCUUUUAAUUUAUUGUUUUCCUUCAUUUAUAUUUCAGAGAGUUUUCGCUGACAUGAUUUGUUUUCGAAAUGUAGCUGUGGUAACUGCACUAUCCUUUCACCUCAGGAUUUGAAUCUAGACCAAAGCUAAGGAGAUAAAAAUCCUGUGUCCCUGGCUCCAAGAGUUCUAAAUCAAAUUAAUUUUGACAGUCUGUAUAUCUGGUGCAUCUGUGUCUAAUAAGCCCAAAGCUGUUAGUGGUAGACCUAUGGCCUCAGUUAUUGUGGAUGGAAAAUGAACACUGGUUAAACACUGUGAACGGUGGGGUCCUAUAGAGGUUACUGGUGAAACACAUUUCAACCAUAGCAGGGACUUUUAGCUUCUAUAAAUAAGCAUGUUAAGCAACCCCCUCACCCCUCCAUACCCAGUCAAAUACUUUAUAAAUGCUGGGUAACUUGACUGACUAAUUUGAGCCCUGGACGUGAAAAGAGACAAUUGAUUACAAGACUCUGUCACUUUUUAACUGACAUAGUUAUCUUUGAAACUGUAACAUUACAAACAGCUCUAUCAAUGUAUUAACUAUUACACAAUACAAUUCUCAUUUCAGAAGUGCUGAUUCAAGCCCUGUUUUAGUUAGUCAGAUUUUCAUGUACGGUAUUUAGCUGUUUUCCAUAUCUCACUACUGGCUUCCUCUUCCUCACUCUGUCAUUUCUGUAAAACAGUAUUCUGUGCUGAUUUGUCCCAAUGACAAAUGGCCUUGACACUUAUCAUUUUAUCUCUUUUACCGACUCAUUUAUAAAAUAGCUAUGGGGAUAAUCAUUAUGAAGAAUUUCUAACCUCCUCAUUCAGGAAAGAAUGUUGAGGAAACUGCUCUGCAGUUGUAAGAGUUUGAAACUGAUUCGUAAAGAUCCACCAUAAUGUUUUCAUUAGAAAUUGAGUACACAACAAUUACUCAUGAAAUACUGUUGCCAAGUGCUAUAUUUUAUGAAACUUUUCCUGUUAGUUUCAAUCAACUGGACAAUUUAUGCAGUAUUCCCACUGAAUUGUGCCAUUGCUGCACAGUCCAUGGGAAUGUGCUGCAUAAGGAAGAAAUGUUACUUAUUGGUUUCCUCUGCUACCUAGACAGUUGCCGUGCUAGUGCAAGUAUUUGAAAUGUCAAACAUUCCACUUGUCCUCUUUGUUCUUUACACAUCCUUAUGUUUCUCUCUCUGGAAUGUUAUGAAAUGCGAACCUACAAACCUCAUGAAUAUGUAUUUUUAUUUUGAGACAUUGCAUUUUUUUUUUAUGUCAUGAAAACAGACCACUCCAAAUUUAGGAACAUCCUGAUAUCUCUUGAAACAAACAAUAGCCUUUACAGCCAAUUUUUUUGUUUUGGAGAGGGCAAGCGCUAUGUACUUUUUGGUAUAGUCGUCAUCUUGAGUUGCUGAAAUGUGUGUAGUAACUCACAGGACUUAACAGAUUUUAUCUUUGUCUAGCGAAAGCUUUAAAUCUGGAGCAGCCUGAACAAAACUUGUCCUCAGGCUUCACACAACAGGAAUGCUCAUUGGGUUCAUGUUCCUAUCAGUUUAAGAGUGAGUAGAAAUUGUUUGGGAAGAUGGAGCAAAAGUACCAGUUUUUCUAUACUGCUAGUGCACAACUGAAAGUUGCAACGUGCUAUGGAUUACGGUAUUCUACAACCAAAUUUACAGAACAAGACAAAGAACUAUUUGGAAGAUAGCAAAAAUAACACAGUAUGGAGCUGGAAGAACGCAGCAGGCCAGGCAGCUUCGGAGGAGCAGGAAAGUUGACGUUUCAGAUCCGAAAUAUCUACUUUCCUGCUCCUCUGAUGCUGCAUUCUUCCAGCUCCAUACUGUGCUAUCUCUGACUCCAGCAUCUGCAGUUCUUACCAUCUCUGGAAGAUGGCAAAGUUGGUUUUCCAUCCUAUUGGAUGCAUCAACACACUGUGGUACUAGGAACUGAAAGGAUUCAGCAAAGCAUAUUUGUGAAUGCCAAGAGAUUUCAAAAGCAAAAGUCUAUGCCUAUUUCGAGUAGUUCCUGUUUAAUAUUCAAGCAAUAAACCCAUGGCUGCUUGCUCUACAAUCAGAGACUAAUGACCUCCAUUGAAUCUGAAGUUCAGUUACUGACCUAUUGAAAAGAUACAGCAGUUCUGGUGACAUUCAGGGAAAAACACACCAAGUUGAGAAGGUGCUCAAAACCACAUUCCAAACAAUGCUUGCGAAUGGCCACUUUUCUCCCUGGUAAUCAGUCAUGUAUUUGGGCAAAGUAUUAAGUUUAUUUAAAACUGAGCAGAAAGCAUUUUAGAGAUAGUAGGAACUGCAGAUGCUGGAGCAUCUGAGAUAACAAGGUGUACAGCUGGAUGAACACAGCAGGCCAAGCAACAUCAGAGGAGUAGGAAAGCUGACAUUUCAGGCCUAGGCCCGAAACGUCAGCUUUGCUGCUUGGCCUGCUGAGUUCAUCCAGCUCUACACCUUGUUAUCUCAUAGCAUUUUAUCCUGUUUUCAACAUUGAAAUGUCUGAUAAUUUCCCCAUCAUUAAAAUCAGAGCAUAUUUUAUGUAAUGUAUUUAAUCCACAAUAGAGUGGAUUGAUGUACCACUAUGUUCUGUAUUUAAGAUGCACUUAAUGCAACUAUAAAAAUUGAGUAGAGACCUGGAACAGCCAGAUACAAGAAAACAGUCUGGCAUCUCUCACGCGUUAGCUAGAAAAAGACUGCUGUUAGAAGCCAUUCUUAAUACUAGACUUUGUUUUGGUAUGUGAUGGGAAAAGGCAAACCAACUGGUAUUUUUCGUACCCCAGUGCAGAGAAUUUUGAUGCCAUUUCCCUGUAGUUUAGCAUCAUUACUAAUGGUACUACAGGCUGACUUUCUAGCAAACUAUCAGUAAAAUAUUUCAUAUGCAUUUCAAAUAAGAUGGUGAAAUCGAGCAGUUACUUACAAUUCCUUCAAUACUGGCUAUAAUCUAAUCUAAAGCAGAUAUAAUGUGAUUUAAUUGAUAUCACUGUUUAAGAUGGUUAUUUAUCGUGCUGAAAAAAUUCCCUUGUUUGAAUGCAGUCAGCACCUUAAUGUCAGUAACCAAUUUGUAUGCAUUCUACAAUUGUGAGCAAUUUAAGUCCCUGAUCAUGAUUUUCAUAUGUUAGGAUAAAGUUUUCAAUUUAACAAUGAAAAGUAUGAGUUAGCACAAUCCAAUCUGUAAGGUAGCUAGCUCACGUUUAUAUCCACUUUUUGCUAUUUGCACUUGGCCAGCAGUAUUACUGCCUGCUUUAGAUAAUACUUAAUGUAAAAGUGUCUAGCAACUUGUCAGAGAAAGUAAAUAAUGCCUCCUCAACUAGUCAUCAUGAAACUACUCCAGCCCAGGUUAGAAUAUUUUGAGCCUGCUGCUGUAUUGUUCAGUACUAAAGAUACCUCACUGACUGAACACUGAUAUGUAAGUUUGACAUCAGUUUGCAAAAUUGCUAUCAUUUCCUAUCUAAGAUUUUAAGAAAGCUUUAUUGUCUAUUAAAGGUCAGUUUUUAAUCAGGCAGAAGCACAAAAUGCUGCUUUGUGAUUUGUUUGUUGUGAGAUUGUAAUUAAGAUACAUAGUACAAACUAUAUUGAUCAAAUGAUUUAAACUUAGAAAUGUGAAAUUGAAUGUCUCUUAAGCAGCAUAAUUGGGCAGUGUGAUUAAUCGAGAUACACAGAUGAUUUCCUUCGGAUCUAUAUAAUUGACCAACUCUUAGAUCCUUUGCAUUUGUUCCAAAUGUCUUAAAAUUACUUCAGAAAUUGCAUCCCAGCUGUAACUGGUCCAAACCCCAUUUCACUUGUAUGGUAAAGUUGUCCAUAGCACUUAAACUGUUUUUUAAUAACUUUUGAAGAGGCUUGCUGCAUUUUUUUUGACAAAAAAGUUUAGUAUAAUUACUUGUACAGAAACAAUAUCUGUAGAAGCACAUUAAUAUUGAAAUUUUAAAUUUUUGCUAAAGCUACCCAAACAAGUUUAGAAGUUUCAUGAAUAAUAUUGGGCAAACAGACCAAAUCUCUCUUGUAUUAAAGAAACUUGCGUAAACUUUCUACAGGUUUCCUUUAGGAAGACUUGCAUCAAUUUUAAUUUUUAUGUAAGUAGGACUCUACACAAAGUGAAAAAUCCAGUGAAAAUAAGUGUACCUUUCUAGCUAAUGAGGUAAAAUAAUUUGGUUGGUUUUCAUAAUUGAGAUUGAUGCGAUUUAAGCAAUUCAGGUUCAUUAUUAUUCUGUUCACAUUUUAUGUUUAACACCCCCUAGUGUCUUAUCAGGUGAUUUCACUCCUUUCUUUCUGCUGCCUAAACUAACCUGUGAUUAUCACAUUGGGAGUGUGGGGCAACAAUUGACCUCAUUUUACUUGGACUUCAACUUAAAAAGUGAACAAUCAGGAUUUCCCUCUUGAAAACAAAAUCAGUGAAACUCUUGCUGUAAAGUAUAGGUGGAUUUUAGGUUACAGAAAGGUUACGAUUUUGUCAUCGACUAUGACACACACUGGUCCUAGCUUGCAUGUGAAGGUAAAAGUGUUAGGAGUUUGUCAAGCCUCAAAGCCAUAGCCUAAAACAAAUCAAGAUUGGAAAGGAAAGAAAUAGCAUUAUUAUACAAAUGUUUCAUAACUGGUAAGAGGUGGUGACUGGAUUGUUUUUAAGCUGCUGUUCCUUGCACUUGACUGGAUUAAUGUGAGUCAACUACAAAUUUGUUCAAUUCAUCUUUUAAAAAUCACACUGACUUAGAGGUUAGAGGCUGCAGUUUCUAAUGGGGAGGGAAAAGGGGAAUUGGACAUAAUUAUUUUCUGUACUGAAAAUAAUGCUUUAUGCUGGAUAUUUCAGUAUGUUUCCUUGAAACUGCUGUCAUAACAAUUAAUCAAUGAUUUCUGAAAGAUGUGUUUUUAAUAUUGGUCUUCCUACUUUGUGAAGAAUAAAGAUGCAGCUUCUAAUCCAGAUUUUACUGCAGUUCAAAAUCUGAAACUAUUUAAGUUUUUUAAAAAAAAAAAUACAGAUUGUAUUUCUACUUUGAAUGUUUAACGUUUUGCGUGUGCAAACGCAAAAAUAGGAGCUGUUUGGUGCAUAGCAUGUCUUCCUAGUACUGCCUGAUUAGAAUGGGUUUGCUGUCUGUGUUGAUCAGUGUUUUACCUGUGGCAAAGUACGCUGUACUGACAAUGCAUUUACACAUUUAACUGGGAAUGCUGUGGUUGAAACCUCAGGUGAUGAUGAGAACAAAAAAAUCUACCUCUGAAGAUUGUAGCAGAGAAUUACUGUGAAACAAUGUGAGGCAGAAAUCGUCAAUGCUUAAAAUCAGUUUUAUUUUUUUCAGGGGUUUGGGCAAGUAUUUGAAUGGGUGGUCAGCACAGUCUUGUUUUCAAAUUUUCACAAGUUUUGUAGAAUUCCGGAAAUGUGAAUCUAAUGUUAUUUACUAAGGACAUGUACAAAGCAAAUCAAAUAUAAGUAUAGAUAAUAA